AUGAAGUGGAAGGUCCGCCCGGAUGUGGUCCUGCGGGGCCGACACGAGAACAAGAGCAAGGGGGCGCUCAGCGCCUUCUGGCAGGAUUACAAGAAGGUCCGGGUAGACUGGCGGGCGCGAGCGGGGAUGCGAAGAGAUCACUUCGAGCUCGCCCUCCAGCAUUACAUGAGAAUAGACGGACCCAGCCGCGACACCUGCGAGGGUCGCAUUCGAUACAUCUGGGAAACCCGCAUCCGAGACAACAGCCACCUCGGGGUGGUGGACGUGUCUUGUCAGCCGGCCAAGGCGAAGGAGGAAACUUUAGCAUGCCAGGCCUCCAACAGCAGACCGCACCCGGCUCGGGCUCUUCCCGACUCUUCUCUGACGGCAGCAGCGCCGGUGGCGCUAUAG